AUGUCGAAGAUCCUGGAACGGAUGCCUCCCGCCUUCAGGUUCCGCCCGAAGGAACUCGAGCUCGUGGAGUUCUACCUGCUGCCCCGCGCCCGCGGCCAAGAUCCAUACCCCGGCGUCAUCAUCGAGGACGACGCGGCGGGGAGCUCGCUGCCCUGGGAUCUCUUCGAGCGCCACGGCCUGGGGAGCGAGGAUGAGGCCUACUUCCUUGUGCGCACCAGCGACGCCAAGAAGCCCGGCGCCCGCCAGGACCGCAGCUGCGACGGCGGCGUCGGGUCGUGGAAGAUUCAGAGCAGCCUGGAGAAGAGCCUGCGCGUCGGCGGCGAGAAGAUCAGCUGCCGCAAGAGUAAUCUCAACCUGCACAUGGGGAAAGGCAAGAAUGGCGGCAGCGUGGGGUGGGUGAUGCACGAGUACACCAUCGCCGCGCCGCCAUGUCCGUCGCUAGUCAAGAUCUGCCACAUCGCCUUCACCGGCCACGGGAAGAAGAGAAAGCGCGUCCCGGAUUACCAAGAAGACUGCCAGAUUGGACAGGCGUCGUCUCAGCGUGCGCGCGUCGUCGCCACGGCGGCCGGUGGUUGUUCUGGGGGGAUGAUGUUCGAUCCUGACUCCGGCGCGGUGGUGUACGCUUCUGCUGAUCAGGUUCCGACCCAAGACAACAUCUUACCGCAGAGUCCCCUCCUUGCCAGCAGCAAUUUUCUGAGCUUCCCUUCCGCAGCGUCAGCCAACGCAGAGCAGUACCAAGAGUUGGAGCAGCAGGUGCCCACUACAGACGAGGAGAAGGUCAUGAUGCCGCAGUUAAUGGUGGAGUACGCUUCUGCAGACGAAGAACGCUCGCAGCUUGUCCUGACCAACGACAUCGUCCCGCAGAGUCCUCGUGUCGACAUCAGCGAUUAUCUGGGCUUCCCAUCCGCAGCGCCAGCCAAUGCAGAGCAGUACCAAGAGUUGGAGCAGCAGGUGCCGAGUACAGAGGAGCAGCAGGUCAUGACGCCGCAGUUGAUGGUGCACACUUCUGCAGAUGAAGAACGCUCGCAGCUUGUCCCUACCGAUGACAUCUUCCUGCUGAGUCCUCUUCUCGACAUCAGUGAUUAUCUGAGCUUCCCGUCCGCAGCGACAGCCAAUGCAGAGCAGGGCCAAGAGCUGGAGCAGCAGGUGCCGAGUACAGCGGAGGAGCAUGUCAUGAUGCCGCAGUUAAUGGUGUACUCUUCUGCAGAUGAAGAGCGCUCGCAGCUUCUCCUGACCAAUGACGACAUCUUCCGGCAGAGUCCUCUUCUCAACAGCAGCGAUUCUCUAGUCUUCCCAUCCGCAGAGCCUGGAGUUGCGGAGCAGGGCCAAGAGUUGGAGCAGCAGGUGCCGAGUACAGAGGAGGAGCAGGUCAUGGUGCCGCAGUUGAUGGACCAACAAUCUAGCAGCAUGGCGGAACCAGAGCAGCUGAGUGCAGGAGAACUGGAGCUCUGGAGCUUCAUAGGGGUCGAUGUUCAAAGCAGUAACUGUGCUGAGCAGGAGGAAUUCCGGGGCUCGAUUGCGGUUGACAGCAACACUGUGGUGCCGCGCAUUGGCAACAUGGAGGGAGACCAUCAAGACCAGCAGGACUUCUGGAGCUUGUCAAAUGUUGAUGGUGUCCAGAGCAACUGCACAGUGCCAGACAUGGCCGUCGGAGCGCUUGGUGGCGCUCACUGGGGAGGAUACUGCAUCACCUGCUAG